AUGCAGUUGCGGGCGCAUUUCACUGCCGCAAGUCGAGAUUUACAGGACGCCGCCGCCCAUGUUGAGGCGUCCACGAAGCAUUACUACGUUAAACCUGUAACACAGCCACACAACGCUACACCUGCAAUGGAUCUACUCCAUGGUACACCUACAGCGUAUCCACACUACGUUAUACUUGCAAUGAAUCCAAUUCACACUAUAUCAGCAACGCAUCCACCACACGUUUUACCUGCACACUACAUUUGCAAUCCAUCUGCACCUUACACCUGCAACGCAUCCACACUAUACUAUACCUAUAACGUACCCACUCAACGCCACACUUGCAACAGAUCCACAUUACGCUACACCUGCAACACACCCACCCCAUGCAACGUGACCUUGUCGUUAUCCACGCCCGUAUGUCAGCGUAUUUACACUAAUUAA